AUGGAAUCAAGGAGUCAAGCUGCAGACCCGAUUUCAGAAGCUCGUACCUUGGUCACUGAGCUUUACUCGCCCGCCAAUCAAAGACAGCCCGCGCGCAUCAAUGAGAUCCAGGCACGCCUCCAAGAUCUCCAACGAGGUGAAUAUGCCUGGCAGAUUGCAGAUGCCCUGCUGACAGGGCCCACGACACACCAUCGAUUCAUGGGUGCGCUGACAUUCACCGUCAAAGUGAAUGUCUCGAGUCAAGAGGUUGAUCAGUCAAUGUGCGCGCAAGUCUUGAGGCGAUUGAUCACUCACUGUGUGGAGCUCGUGGCGCAGUCUGAGCAGGUGAUGGUUAUUCGCAAGCUUGCAUCUAGCUUGGUGACGCUAUUCAGACAUUCUACUUGCCAAGCGGAGAGAGUCUUGUGGCAGGUGGCAGCAAGUCUGGCACAUGGCGGCUACGUUGACGAGCAUCAAGCCCAGACGGUGGACUUUGGCGACACUCUGCUGCCAACCCUCGACACCCAAUCAGUGAUGGCCCUCCUCUUUCUCUCUGUUGCGUUGGCGGAGACGACAUCGCGACUUGAUGACGAGCCGGUGGACCUUUCGGGUCCUGCCCUAAAGCGUGCAAUGACCAACACGCGAGAUGGCUUUGUGCUUGUGCAGUACGUUCUUGGACGGAUGUCAGAGAUGGGUGCCGGGACAUUAGAUGAUCAAGUCCGACAGAACCUGGCCAGUGAAACGAUGGGCUCGUGGAAAGCAUGGCUUGGCGUGAUCUCAUCACGUUCUCUUCCAGAAGGAGAAAAUAUCCAUGCCUUGGCUAUUUCCUGUGGCCACACGGUCAUCCAGACUCUGAGAUUACCGGGUUUGAACGAAAUUGCGGCAUCAACUCUGACUUCGGUCAUUGACAGUCGUCGUCCAGCCUUUGACGAUGCUUCUAUGUGGUCGCUUUCCCAGAUCUUGGCGGACUCAGUUGUAAAGAGUCAUCUCACUUCGCUCGCUGAGGGUGAUGAAGCCCCGGAGAGUUUGGCAUUUGUUGAUCUCCUAGUAGCUUUCUUGUCACAUCUGCAGUUGAAGCUUUUCGAUGAGCCGAUUAGCCCUGAGCAUGCUAAGAUCCUGGUGCUUGCCCACGACAUUCUCAAGGCACCAGGGUAUGCUGUCAUUGAUGACCCUGCCACUCCUCGUAUUUUGGAGUUCUGGAACGAAAUUGCGGAAAGACUCUUAGAUGAAGUUGAUAGCGAUGGUUCCAAGUGGCACACGAUCAAGACGCACCUGGCACAAGUUGUACUUGGCCUGUUCAAUAAGUUGCUCUAUCCCACAGCAGAGGAUCAAGCGGAGUGGAGCGAUGAUGAAAGAAGCGAAUUCAAUGCGUUUCGUCAUGAUGUUUGCGAUUACCUUCUCUCGGCCUACCCUAUCCUUGGCGUUGAGCUCGUGAGUGUCUUCCAAGAGAGUGCAACAAAUUGCCUUCAAGUGGGCGACUGGCGUGGGUUUGAAGCCGCCAUGUUCUGCCUUGCUCGACUUUCGGAGGCAGUGGACGAGAAUGGACAUGCAGACCAGUGCUUGGACGCUAUCUUUGGCAGCGAUGCAUUCUCCAGACUGUCCGCUGGCGGGGCGGACGACGUUCCUCUAAAGGCCCGUCAAACUAUGGUGGAUGCUUUUGGGAAAUACGAAUCAUACUUCGAGCGCCGCAAGCCACUACUUCCGGGUAUUCUCAAUAUUUUGUUUGAGUCACUGAACUUUGAAUCUUGCGCGCAAGCAGCUUCUCGGUCUUUCCUUACUCUUUCGAAAUCUUGUUCUCGUGCAUUGACAGCAGAGCUGCCAGUCUUUCUGGAUCAGCUGGAUCAUUUUCGUACUAAGCCGACUGCGACCUCAUCUACCAUGCCCAAGGUCCUCGAAGGUAUUGCGGCUAUUGUUCAGAAGCUAGACUCUGAUGAGGAAAAAGUCCAAAAUUUGGAGCGGAUGUUAACCUUCUUCGUGCAAGAGGCGAACUGCGCCCGCGAGGAGGCCGCCAAAUUAGGGCAAGAAUUUGCUUGCAUACACGGCCAUUUAAUUCUCAGUUGCAUCGCCAGCAUCGGCCGGGGUCUCCGGUCGGAUGCCGACGAGGUGAUCAAUAUCGAUUCAACCGCUGAGCAGCGCAAUGAUGAUGACCAUCGCUCAUUAUUUUGGAGCUCAGGUCCUGGGUCUCAUGCGCAACAACUGAUCAUGGAGGCCAUGCGCCUUCUGAUUGUUGAUUUCCCUGUCGACAAUAAUAUGAUCGACGCGGCAUGCGACAUCCUCAAAGCAGGCUAUACCGAGAGGUGUGGCCUCUUUGUCUUCCCUCCAUCUCUGACGGUUGACUUUAUACAAAGUUUCCCGCUUGGAAUAUCAGGUACUGAUGUCAUCAUGGGGACUGCUUCAUCCUUCCUCGCGUCACAUUCGUCCCACUCCAUGCGCAUUCGCGAUGAAGCACUCGCAUUGAUGCGCCAUGUUGCCCAGCUUUUUGUGUCCAUGCUUGACCAACCGGAACUCUACGACCCCGAGACUGCCAACGCUUGUAUUGACUUCUACACCCGGCUCGUUCCCAAGUACUACGCCCUUCUCUUUUCCUUGACUGAUCCCCUCCCUGCUCUGCCCUCCGAUUCCGCAUAUCAGACUUCCCCCGCCUUUGCCAUUCCGCUCCACUUUGCUCUCCAUGCGUUGACUCGAGCCGAGGCGCUGCCUCUUCGUUCGGCUGCCGCUUUCUGGGUGACUCUUAUUGAUCUCCGAGGUACCUCGUCCGAGGAGAUAAUUGCGCUGGAUCAAGUCCUCAAUCCGUUCAUCUCUCCACUUAGCCAAAAUCUUGUUCACCAGAUUUCAGGCCAGUGCGCACGCUCGGAUCUGGCCUACCUAGGCGAUGUUCUCCGCCGCCUUCUCUUCAAGAAGCAGGGUUUAGCCCGCCCAGCUAUCCAUCAUGCCCUGGCGGCGCUAGAGUCGCGCAACGCAGAUGACUCUGGGUCUUCGUCUUCGCUUCCUAGUGCCCAGGAAAAGUCUCGUUUCUUGGAAUCCCUCAUUGUUGCCCGUAGUGCACGCCAGCAAUUUAUUGAAAUUGUGCGCACGUUCUGGCUGAAAUGUCGUGGCAUGAGCUACGAUUAUGCUCGGUGA